CACCAAAGGUGAUUUAAGCCUGCCCACACAGUAGGGCACUACAGACCGAUUUAAUGGGUCUUGUAGCCAUUUUACCCUACCGCAGUCACUUGAGUAUGUACCCUUUGCGGGGGUGGGGUGCGUCACUGUCGACUGCCAAAGUAAUCACAACUGCGAGCCACAUCCGGCCGUAACCACAGUGAAGACGGGUAGUAUUAGAGCUCUUCUCACAAGAGACUUCUGGCCACAUCCAGCCUAAGCACAGCGAGUGUCCAAAAUUGCUGGCCACAUCCGGCCUCGUAAGCAGCUUGUGUGGGAUGUUACUGGCCCCUCCAGCCUAUAGCUGUCGGCUGUCGGUCUUUACCGGCUCCAAGCAGGGGAGAAGAAUAUCGGAACCGUUAGUAACCUUAAGCAAUUGAUGCGCGAGGUCCAAAAAACUGCCCGGCCCAUGCGGCAGCAUGAGCCGUCUAUGCGCGAAGUCCCAAAACUGCCUGGCCCAAACGGCCACAUAAACAGGCGAUGCGCGAAGUCCCAAAACCGCCUGGCCCAAACGGCCACAUAAACAGGCGAUGCGCGAAGUCCCAAAACCGCCUGGCCCAAACGGCCACAUAAACAGGCGAUGCGCGAAGUCCCAAAACCGCCUGGCCCAAACGGCCACAUAAACAGGCGAUGCGCGAAGUCCCAAAACCGCCUGGCCCAAACGGCCACAUACACAGGCGAUGCGCGAAGUCUCAAAACAGCCUGGCCCAAACGGCCACAUACACAGGCGAUGCACAAUUCCACGAAAACUGCCUGGCCCAAACGGCCUCACAAGCAGUUGAUGCGCGAGGUCCACGAAACUGCCUGGCCCGAACAGCCCCACAAGCAGUUGAUGCGCGAGGUCCAAAAACUGCCGGCCACAUCUGCCCGCGAAAGCAGUCCAAGCGCGAUAGUACUAGCUAGAUAUAACCUUGGGGAAAGCGCUCUCGGCUUCGUGACUUGUGGUAGUUAAGCCCGGUGUCCGGUAGUUGCUGUGGCGCAUCACACCGCCAGUGCCUGAAGGGGGCCGGUGGACAGAGCCAGGGUAGGUUGCAUGCCUGCUGCAGGAGCCUGUCGCGUUAGCCCAGCCGUUGACACCCACGCUGCCUGCUGGCCGCAUGAGCCCAGAGUGAAUGGUGGUGGUUCGUCCAUUUGGACGUCCUCGACCAUGCGAUCCCCCGUUGCCCAGCGUCCUGGCAGGUUGUAAACCUUGCCCCGGAAAUGUGGCGAAUACGAGGAUCUGUACAACAUUAUUUGUAACUGGGUGUGACAGCCGGAGAAUUCAGUAGUUGUGUAACAGUAUGUUUGAAAGACGCUCGAAUAAACGACACCGAAGUGGUACGCAUUAGAAUUCACAACUCAAGAUAACAACAUUUCAUAACGGAUUUGAACUCCUAAUGUAUGGUGGUGUUCCUAGCGGCAAUGGAAGCUAAAUAGCGGAGGCUGGUUAACCACGUGACAGCUUUCAGCAACGCCUGACCUUCUUCGGACGCAUCAUCCGCCAUUGCUGUUCAAAUUACGUUAAUGCGCUCAAUGGCGACGCGCACAACCUCGUAAUUGCGGGUGGCUGGCUAAGGGCCGGCGGCUCCGCACAUUGUAAAAGAUUAUCGCUUCGGGCUGAGCUAACAUCAGCUGGGUUAGCUCCUCGUGCUCCUUCAGCCUCCGGUCAAACUGCGGCAGCUGCUGUCCCGCCACCGGGUCCCAGCUCUGGUCAUUCUGCUGCGAUUUCCUUGGAGGAGGACGCCACGCGUUUUAUUGCUACACUGCGUACCCUGGCAGUGCCGGGUGCCGGUGAUCUGCUCACCGUGGGCAGCGGCGUCUUUCCCCCUGCAUAUGGAAAACCGGCAGCUCUAUGUGCGCAAAUGCUAUCCCAAUCUCUUCACAGUCAUCUACGGGUCGGUGAAGCGAAAGCAUGUUGUUACUGGGACACCUGGGAUUGGUAAGAGUUUCUCCUUCUAUUACUUGCUAAUGCGGCUGCUGCACAGCCCGUCGCCACCACCCUAUAUCCUUUGGGAGCACCACACAAGGCCUGACAUAGUGUGGUGCUACACGCAUGAGACGGGCGAGGUCUGGGUCGGCAACAACAUAGCCUUCAGACGGCAGUUUCACAACCGUGAUUCCUGUGUCCUGGAGGGCCUAGGAGCUGUGUGUUGUGGCAACGUUAUCCCUGUUGAUCGGGCUUGUGUGUGGUCCCUUUUCUUUGGUUGGUUACUUAUCCCCUGGACCAGCCCAGAGGAGGUCAGUUGUCAUGGGGUGAAGCCCGACACCAGCACUGCGGCGCACACGGUGCUGUUAACCUCACCUGUGCAUGAAACGAUGAAGGUGAUAGUUAAAGAAGGCGCGGACGUGCUGUACAUGCCUCUCUGGGAGCUCGAGGAGCUGCUUGACUGCCGCAGCAAGAUGUACGACAUGGUGCCGGAGGUGACCGUGAAGGGCCUCUUCGGUUACUAUGGCGGCAUGGCACGGUACGUGCUGCAGCAUCCGUCGCUGGACCCCGACCGGGAGGUGCUUGAGUUGCUGAGGCCGCUGCGCACCGCGAUUGAUACUUGCAACGUUAAACAGGUGAGAAUGGCCAUUGGUGCUGUCGAAAGGGUACCUGAGGCCAGCCACCGGCUGGUACAUAUUGUGGCUGACGACGAGUUCAAGAAGCAGCACCUCAGAUUCGCCAGCAGUUGGGCGGCUGACGAGUUUGUCAAGCGAGCAUUGGAAAUUGAGAAGAAGAAAGUGAUAUCACUACUGAAGAUGUGCGAUGGAGGGCUCAAGGGUUUGUUGUACGAGCCAGUUAUGCAUGCUGUACUGGCGGCGGGUGGCAAGUUCGAUGUGGUGCCACUGGACCGGGAGACUCUGGAGAGGGGCAACGAGGAGAAGCUGGACAUCCAGCCCUGCAAAGAGACUAGCUGGUUUAAAGACAACAUCAGCAGCGUGAGCAGUGUUGAGAACGUUUACUACAGGCCCAUGGCCUCCAACUUCUCUGUCAUUGACGCAGUUAAGAUGCCUGAGGUGUAUCUUUUCCAGAUAACCGUGUCCGAAAGCAAGGAAAUCAACGCUGCUGACCUUGAGAAGAAGUUGGCGCAACUGGGCAUCCCCGACAACCCUAAACCCAGCCUCUUCUUCGUGGUGAGCCCUGAUGUCUACAACACCUUCAAGGUGCGGGCAGCAACGAAGAAGCGCAAGGCGGGCGAAGAUGGCGAGGCUGCCUGGCCGCCCGGCACCGGGGAGAAGUAUCCGCGUUCAGGUAACACCCGGUUGUAUAUUCUGUGCGGCAACUACGAAGACCUGCGCUGCAGCACCUGA